GCUCUAACGGUGGCUGUCUCAGUCUCUAUCUGUCCUCAGUGUCUCUUGUCAACCUUUUCCUCUCUCCUGCUUUUAUGGACAUUAUCUCAUUUUGAGGAUAUUCUUUUUGGGAGGAAUCAACGCCCAUAUAUGGGCUUACCUGUGAUUGUUGGUGUGAUUUGACACAUCUCUGCUGUCCCGUGUGUAUGUAUGUGUCUUUGAGCCAUGCUGCGCGUGUUUAUUCUGUGUGCCGAGCGACUGCAAACGCCGGACGACGACGUCAGCGAUUCCUACUGCACCGUCACCUAUGAAGGUUCCAAGAAGAAAACCAAGGUCAUCAAGAACAACCCUAACCCUGUCUGGAAUGAGGGUUUUGAGUGGGAUUUGAAGGGGAUUCCUCUGGACUCUGGAGCUGAGCUGCACUGUGUUGUCAAAGACCAUGAGAAGAUGGGGAGGAACAGGUUUCUGGGGGAAAGCCGGCUGGCCCUCAGGGAUGUGCUCAACUCUCCGAACCUGGCCGCCUCCUUCACCAUCUCACUGCUGGACACCAAAAGAAACAACACAGGGGCCACGCUGACCCUGCAGGUUUCCUACAUUCCUCCUCCAGGAUUGGCUCCAAUCUUCCAGCCUCCUCACCAGCCUGAGAGCUUUUCACAUAACAACCCCAAUGUGGAGCUAGACACCGUCACAAUGAUUUCUCUGGACACUUUGGGCGAGGAGGACACAGAGAGUAUGAUAAUGGUGGAGCCGCCUGAGGACCAAGGUCAGGACGACGGACGAUCCAUGAUUAUUGUCGGCCCUCAGGGGCCUUCAGGCCACGAGUCCCCCGCUGCCCAGAUACCAAAACGCUCACCACCGUCCUACAACACCCACGGAGGUCUGAGGAAGAGGAGGAGAGGAGGAAGCAGUCAGUCCAAACCGCUGCCCAACAAACCACAAGACUUACAGGUUCGUGUGCGGAUCAUCGAAGGCCGACAGUUGCCGGGCAUCAACAUCAAGCCUGUUGUCAAUGUCAUGGUUGCCGGGCAAACCAAGAGGACCCGCAUUAGAAAAGGCAACAACCCGACCUUUGAUGAGACGUUCUUUAUGAACUUCUUUGAGACUCCGACAGAUCUGUUUGAUGAGCCCAUCUUUAUCACCGUAUGUGACUCUCGCUCACUCCGAACUGAUGCUGUGAUUGGUGAAUUCAAGUUAGAUGUCGGCACUGUCUACAAUGAGCACAGACACUGCUUCUUGAGGAAAUGGCUGCUGCUGUGUGACCCUGAUGACCUCUCUGCUGGAGUCAAAGGUUACCUGAAGGUCAGCUUGUUGGUUUUGGCUGCUGGAGACGAGCCCCCGGCUGAUAAACGUGAGUGUGUGGAUGACAAAGAAGAUAUUGAAGGAAACCUGCUGAGACCGGCCGGUCUGUCUCUGAGAGGAGCCACUUUCACUCUGAGGAUCUUCCGAGCUGAAGACCUGCCACAAAUGGACGAUGCCUUCAUGGAUGGGAUGAGGCAGGUUUUUGGGUUUGACAGCAACAGGAAGAACCUUGUGGAUCCUCUGGUGGAAAUCCACUUUGCUGGAAAAACGAUCUGCACUAAGAUUCUGGAGAAGAACGCCAAUCCACAAUGGAACCAGAGCCUCACUAUGCCUAUUAGGUUUCCCUCCAUGUGUGAGAAGAUGAGGAUCAGAAUUCUCGACUGGGACAGAGCCAGUCACAACGAUGUCAUCGGCUCCACCCAUCUCUGCAUGUCUAAGAUUUCGGCUCCUGGUGGAGAGAUUGAUGAUGACUUGUCUCAACGGACCGUCCACUCUGGCAUUGACGACAGUCUUGGUUUCCUGCCAACAUUUGGUCCAUGUUUUGUCAACCUGUACGGCAGCCCCAGAGAGUUCACAGCCUUCAACGAUCCACACGAAUCACUAAACCUUGGAAAAGGAGAGGGUGUGGCAUACCGAGGUCGAGUUUUAAUGGAACUAACAACAAAACUGGCUGACAAGCCAGAGCAGAGAACUGGAGAUAUUUCAUCAGAUGACCUGCUGGUGGUCGAGAAAUUUCUCAGGAAGAGGAAGUUCUCUCUCUUUGUGGCUUUUUAUUCAGCCACUCUCCUCCAGGACGUCGAUGAUGCAAUUCAGUUUGAGGUCAGCAUUGGUAACUACGGCAACAAGUUUGACUACACCUGCCUCCCUCUGGCCUCCACCACCCAGUUCAGCAGAGCCGUUUUUGACGGAUGCCACUACUACUACCUUCCCUGGGGAAACAUCAAGCCAGUGGUGGUUCUGUCUUCAGAGUGGGAAGAUAUCCAACCAAGAAUUGAGGCUCUCAACAGGCUUCUUGCUGUCAUAGACAGACUGGAGGCAAACCUGCAGCGGGUGAACCUGGAAGUGAAGGCAGGCGGUGACCUGGAGGAGGUGGAGCUCCGAGUGGUUGAGAUGUUGGAUCAGAUCAUCAUAGACUGCAGUGAAGAGCUGCCCUCCCUUGACCAGUGGCAAUGUGCGACCCCUCUGGAUCGCUCUCUGAGGCACAUCCGCACUCUCCACCUGCAGCAGAUAGUUGCGGGGGCGCUGGCUCUAAAGCACGGACCUGCCACCGAACUCUCAACAGUGCUGGAACAGGCAGAGGACUGGGCCAGCAGGCUGAGGAACAUGGCAGAGGAGCCCCAGAACAGUCUUCCAGACAUAGUGAUAUGGAUGCUACAGGGCGACCGCAGGGUGGCGUACCACCGCAUCCCAGCUCACACUGUGAUCUUCUCCCAGGAGCACUGUGGGAAACACUGCGGACAGCUGCAGACCGUCUUUCUCAAGUAUCCACAGAGCAGCGGGGCAGAAGCCAAACUUCCUGGUCAACUGAGGGUUAAAGUCUGGUUUGGAUUGGCUGCUGAUGCCAAACAUUUCAACCAAUACGCUGAAGGAAAGCUGUCGGUGUUUGCUGAAUCGUAUGAGAACCAGACCCGACUCGCCCUGGUGGGCAGCUGGGGAACUACAGGUCUGACCUACCCGAAGUUCAGUGAUAUCACUGGAAGAGUCAAACUGCCCAAAGAGAGCUUCAAACCCUCACCUGGUUGGACCUGGGCCGGGGACUGGUUCAUCAGCCCCGAGAAGACACUGCUGUUUGAUGUGGACGCUGGUCACAUGACCUUCACAGAGGAAGUGUUUGAAAACCAGAUGAGGCUUCCAGGUGGACAGUGGAUCGGCAUGCCGGAGGGCUACACUGAUGUGAAUGGAGAGAAGGCGGUGCCUAAAGAUGAGGUGGAGUGUCCUCCAGGUUGGGUUUGGGAGGAGGUUGAGUGGAGUGAAGAUCUCAACAGGGCCGUAGAUGAACAGGGUUGGGAGUAUGGCAUAACCAUCCCUCCAGACCGCCGACCCAAGUCGUGGGUGACAGCCGAGAAGAUGUACCACACCAACCGGAGGAGAAGGUGGACGCGACUGAGAAGGCGGGACCAGCAAAAGAUGGAGGCACUCAGAAAGCAGCGUCCAGACGACACAGAGCGGGAGGGCUGGGAGUACGCCUCCCUGUUUGGCUGGAAGUUCCACCUGAAGCCGAGGAAGACGGACAGCUUCAGGAGGCGCAGGUGGAGGUACCGCAUGGAGCCGCUGGAGAAGACUGGACCGGCGGCCAUCUUUGCUCUGGAGUGUUCUCUGAGCAGCAUCGAGGACAAAAAUGAUGACAAGUCGGUAACAACCACGUUCGGGGUCAACAGACCGACUAUUUCUUGUUUCUUUGACCGCGGGACCCGCUACCACCUGCGCUGCUACCUCUACCAAGCCAGAGACCUGAUAGCCAUGGACAAAGACAGCUUCUCAGACUCCUACGCCAUCGUGUCAUUCCUGCAUCAGUCCCAGAAGACAGUGACUGUACGUAACACUCUAAACCCCACCUGGGACCAGACACUCAUCUUCUAUGAGGUGGAGAUUUUUGGCGACCCUGAGGUCACCAUGGCAACUCCACCCAACGUUGUAGUGGAGCUUUACGACUCAGACACAUACAAUGCCGAUGAGUUCAUGGGCCGCUGUGUGUGUCAGCCCUCCCUUACGUCCGCCCCUCGUCUGGCUUGGUUCCCAAUUCUUUUAGGGGACAAGAACGCUGGCGAGCUGCUGGCCGCCUUUGAGCUCAUACGCAGAGAAAAGCCAGCAGUUCACCAUCUUCCAGGACAAGAGGGAGACAUCCUGACAUCCACCAAUGUUCUAGACGAGUUGAUGUUUCCAGGAUUCCUCUCUGAAAACCUGCAGCAAUGGCCGGAGGAGUCGGACCUUCCCCAUCCCCCGCCUCAGAGAGAAACCAACGUGUUUGUGGUUCCUCAGGGAAUCAAACCUGUUCUGCAAAGAACUGCCAUCGAGAUCUUAGCGUGGGGCGUUCGUAACCUGAAAAGCUUCCAGCUGUCCAGCAUCACCUCUCCCAGCCUGCAGGUGGAGUGUGGAGGCAUCAUGAUCCAGAGCUGCGUCAUCCGCAGCAUGAAGAAGAAACCCAACUUUGAUGUGAAUAAGCUCAUCCUUGAUGUGAGACUUCCCUGCGAGGAGCUCUACAUGCCGCCCAUCGUCAUCAAAGUCAUCGACAACCGCCAGUUUGGGAGGAAGCCGGUGGUCGGUCAGUGCACCAUCCGUUCCCUGGAGGAGUUCCGAUGCGUCCCAGAGGAGGAGCGAGCAACCGGGGAAGACGAGGAGGACCAGGGAUGGAGACGUGAGCGGCCCCAUUCAACCGGUGGGGAGGUCUUUAUUGACAUCGACGACGAGGAGCCGCUUGUGCCUGACCAGUUUGCAGAUGGAGCCAGCUCGGCUAUCAUUAACCUUUCCACCUCUAGUAGCAGCCUUCAUGAAGAGGAGUUCAUGGAUUGGUGGAGCAAAUUCUACGCCUCAACUGGAGAGAAAAACAAGUACGGGACUUACCUGGAGAGAGGAUUCGACACACUGAAGGUGUAUGAUCGUGAGCUGGAGAAGGUCGAGGGCGUCGAGGGUCUCUCAGACUUCUGUCAGACCUUUAAGCUGUACAGGGGGAAGUCUCAGGAUGCAGGAGAGGACCCUUCAGUGGUGGGAGAGUUCAAGGGUAUGUUUAAGAUCUACCCUCUGCCGGACGACCCCUCCGUCCCGCCUCCUCCCAGACAGUUCAGAAAGCUUCCUUCAAACGGCAUCGAGGAGUGUUUGGUCCGAGUCUACGUCAUCCAGGCUCACAGCUUGCAGCCCAAAGACACCAACGGGAAGUGUGACCCCUACAUGAAGAUCACUUUGGGGAAAAAGACAAUCAACGACAGUGACAACUACAUCCCCUGCACUCUGGAGCCGGUCUUUGGAAAGAUGUUCGAGCUCUCCUGCUCCCUCCCUCUGGAGAAGGACCUCCGGGUGAUGCUGUACGACCACGACAUGCUGUCCAAAGACGAGAAGAUCGGCGAGACGAUCAUCGACCUGGAGAACCGCUUCCUGUCCAAAUAUGGAUCCAUGUGUGGCCUGCCGCAGUCCUACUGCGUAUCCGGAGUAAACCAGUGGAGAGACCAGCUGACACCUCGACAGCUGCUGAUGAGAGUGUGUGAGCGGAGAAACCUGCCAAAGCCUGUCUACCAGGAAGACGUGGUUCACUUCAGAGGAGACCAGUACACCGCUGCAGACCUCGAGGACAAAAACGUUUGCAAGCGUCACCUCGGUCCCAUCAAGGAGCGUCUGUCGCUCCACAUCUUGAGGAAAACAGGAUUAGUACCUGAACACGUUGAGACCAGAACUCUGUACAGCCCUCUGCAGCCGGAAAUAGAGCAGGGGCGUCUGAUGAUGUGGGUGGACCUGUUCCCCAAGUCCCUGGGACCGCCGGGACCCCCGUUCAACGUCACACCGCGCAAAGCUAAGAAGUUCUUCCUGCGCUGCAUCAUCUGGAACACCAGUGAUGUCAUCCUGGACGACGUCAGCAUCACCGGCGAGAAAAUGAGCGACAUCUACGUGAAAGGAUGGCUCGACGGACACGAACACAACAAGCUGAAGACGGACGUCCACUACCGCUCGCUGGGCGGCGAGGGAAACUUCAACUACAGAUUCCUGUUCCCGUUCCACUAUUUACCAGCCGAGCAGCUCUGUGUGGUCGACAGGAAGGAAAACUUCUGGAGUUUGGAUAAAGCCGAGACUAAAGUUGCUCCUCGACUCACCAUCCAGGUCUGGGACAACGACAAGUUCUCCUUCGACGACUACCUCGGUCACCUGGUGAUGGACCUGAACCACAUGCUGCGUCCAGCCAAGUCUCCAGAGAAAUGCACCCUGCAGCUGCUGGAUCAGCCGACGGACAAGCUGGUGUCUCUGUUUGAACAGAAGACGGUCAAAGGAUGGUGGCCCUGCAUGUGUGAGCAGAACGGAGAGAAGAUCAUCGCUGGCAAAGUGGAGAUGUCUCUGGAGAUUGUGACGGAGCAGGAGAAUGAGGAGAGACCGGCUGGAAACGGCAGAGACGAACCCAACAUGAACCCUCACCUGGAGGAGCCCCAACGUCCGGACACCUCCUUCCUGUGGUUCUCCUCUCCUUAUAAAACCCUCCGGUUCAUCCUGUGGAGGAGGUUCAAGUGGUUCAUCAUCCUCUUCAUCAUCCUCUUCUUCAUCUUCCUCUUCCUCGGCGUCUUCCUGUACUCCUUCCCGAACUACGCAGCCAUGAAAAUGGUCGGACCAUUCGGACCAGCGAAGGCAUCCGAGUGAUGACGGAGGAAACGGGGGGAAGGAAAGAAACCAAAAAGAAGCUGAAAAAAAAGACAAAUGACGUCGAGUUCUACCAAUCAAACGAGGCCAAAUUUAACCGAUACUCUCCCUUUAAGUCUUUUUUUUUUUUUUUUUUAUGAUUUACAUCACGCUGCUGAGGUCGUUCAGAGUGCUCUGCCGCAGCGGUGAACUUGUGACCUCCCUCAGACUGCGUGUGUGAAGAUAAGUCUACUCGCUUUGGCGCCCGAGGUUCACAAACGCCUCAAAUUUGUGUGUGUUGUGUCCAUUUUGUGCCUUUCCCCGUCAGCUCUGUGCGUCUCCACUCAUCACAAACUCCUGUUUUUACCGUAGCGAAGCGCGAACAUGAACUCACCAUCAGAUCUCAGCAGGUUGUCGCCCGUCUCGUCGUCAUCCCUGCGUCACCCCUUUCAUCCCUCUCUCCGUCUCGUCCGCCCUCAUGCAGAGAAGAAGGGAGGAUAACAAACGCCCACCGCCGCCAUGUUGGAACAAGCGGGGAGCGCGGAAUCAAAGGUUGUGAUGUUGUCGUCUGAUCUCUUUACCUCCUGCUGUGUCUGCAGCGGGUCAGGCAGCGGUGAGGGAGCGCUUUACAAAACUUUAUCGCUUUAAAAAACUCUGUGAAAAGGAAUUUUAAAAAAAGCACGAGUCUGCUCUCUUUGAUUCUCCUUUUACUGUUAACAAUCAUGCCGUGCUGCGUUCAAGUGCAAUCAGACAUCUUAGCUGUAUGUUUUCAGACAGGAUUGAUUGUUACACGGCUCAGAUAUUCUUUCUGUUGAGCUUCUUCUUCUCUUUCUCCUGAGCCUCAGCUCCUCCACUUUUGUCCUUUCCUGUAUGUGCCUCCUUCUCUCCUUCCUCCUUUCCUCUCCUUCACUCGACUUUUCCACCUUCUUUCCUCCUUUUCUCCGCAGUCUCGUUCCCUCCUCUCACCUAGCUCUUCACUUUUCUUCUUCCUCUUUUUUUCUCCCUCUCUUCUUUCCUUCCACCCCUUCCUCUUAUUUCUCCGCCUUGACCCAGCUAAAUUAUGUCCUUCCUCCUCUUCCUCCAUCUUUCCUGAUCUACUUUCUUCUCUCUCCAUCCCUCCCCUUCAUCCCCUUCACUCUGUUCUUUACAUCCUCCUGCAUAUCAUUGUUUUCGUCCUCAGUUUUUCCCCUUUAGCUUUGAGACAUACUUCCCUUUGACUACACAUUUGCAUGCACAUGAAUGCUGCAUCUUGUCCCUUCCUUUAUUUGAAACCAAAAGCGAAACAUUGCCAACACAUUUGUGCAACUUUUAAGAAGUAAAUAACAAGAGAAUGACUCAAUGUUGGCUUCAUAGGACUUCUAUUUUGGUCAUGAUGGUAUCCAAAGAGUUGAAUUUUUACUAGUGUCACAGCUAAGUUUGAAUUCUCGUAUUAGUUUCAUACGGCCUGAGCUCUCCAGUGUGCCCUCUAGUGGUAUCCUCCAGUAUCACACCUAAUGCAUUGACAUAUGUGGUCAAAUACAGUCAAGACGCAGUCAGUCGUGCACGUACACAUCGGACUAAAAAAAAAAAGUAUAUCUCCAUCCUAACUUAUAUUCCUCCUGUUCUCCUCGUAGUCUUUAUUUUCCCCUUCAUUCUCCUCCGCCUCAUGAUCGCGCCCCCCCCCCCCACUUCUCCCCCAGCUCCUCAGUCUUUCAGCACUCUCUCAGGGUUCAGCGGGUUAAGUCGAGGAUUUGCUCGUGUUGAUGUUGAGCUUUAUUAGUGCAAAGUGUGUUUUUAGAGAGAUCGAUGUUCGCUGAUAAGGACCCACACACACACACACACACACACACACACACACACACACACACACACACACACACACUGUGCCUAACAAACUGGAGUCAUGUAUGCUAGCCUGUGCGUACUCCUUUUCUGUGUGUGUUUGAGAAGAUUUGUGCAGACAUUCGUUAAAAAGUGUGAUAAGGUCAGACCAGGAAAGGUAAAAGGAGAGGGAUCUGUUUACGCAGACUCUUCAGGAUUUCCUGAUGUACACUAUGUGUUUGUGGGGUCAUCAUUGUGUAUGUUCAGGUCUUUUGAUCUUUGUGUAGCUCGUGCUGAGUGAGACAGAAAACAAAAACUAAACCGGAAAAAAGGAUGAAAAAAAAGAGAGCGAGAUGAAUACUGAACUCUGAUGUCAGCAUCGUCUUUUUUUCCUCUGAAGUCUGAAGACAUGAGUUUGUAAGUUUGCUGUCCGGUGCGUUCACAAGUUCAGUUCAAUUGCUUUGCGUCGCACCACAGUGGAAAGGAUGACUUUGUCCCGUUUUGAGUCGAGUUUUGAGUUCACACCGGCCGAUUAUAUUCACCACCCAGGCCCUGUUAACACAAAAGUUUCAUGGACUCAGAGGCUGGUCAUUUAUUGGACGGUGUUUUGGCAAACCUGCAAUCCUGCCGGGUCAGAGAGGGUUUAGCCCCAGCGACGUAGCUCCUUUGGAGUUUUAAAAACUUGUUAAGAAGAAGGGGAAGUUACUCACUUUCAGAUGACAACGUUUGUCUCCUUGUACCCAUAAAAACGCUGCAUUUUUACGUUUUUUUUAUUCCAGUGAAGUGUAUCCUUGUUUCUCCAAAGUAAUCCCAGCGUAUUUUUGCUUGGAUGCAGGGGCGUGUCCAGAGGGGUGGCAUUGGCCCCCCUUGAAAUCUCAUUGGCCACCCCAGGUGCCAACCCAAAAUAAACCCUAAACUAUAGCCAUAUUCAUUGUCAGUGCCCUCCAUUGGGCCACCCCACUCAAAAAAAAGUGUGGACACGCCCCUGCUUGGAGACCUCCUUCUCACCUGUCACAGAAUAUGAAUUAAAACUGCUGUUUAAAAUUUCCGAGAAUGAAAAGGAAGAAAACUCCUCUCCAAUAGGUUGCAUUAAAAAAAAUGUAUGUCACACUUAAAACCUCCAAUAUGUGGCAGUAUGACUCGACAAUGGUUCAGCUUGAUCAGGAAAUAUGUAUAAUGCACUGAAGGAAAAGACGCUGGAAAAUACGGCAGGACAAACUUAUUGUCCUUGUUAAAUUGUACCUUAGUUUUUAGUCAGACGACUAAUAAAGUGGACAUACCUGAUAGCAUAGGAUGCUAACAUUGUAGCCAUGGCCUUCAUGCAAAUUGUAAAUAUAUUUUAAAAAUGGUGAAAUGGUUUUGAUUUAUUUCAGGAUUAUUGCCAGAGUUGAUCACUACAUCACCAUUUUUUUUGAAAGUGUAUACAGAUUUAGAAAAUACAUUAUUUGUUGUGUUAUUAUCAGUAGUAUAUGUUGCGUUAGUAUCUGAAAUAGUUGUAUGUAUUUGAAAGCGCUUUAACCAUCCUGCUGAUGUAAACACACUGGCCUUAAAAACAUUAAGACAAUCCUACCGUCAAUGAAUGUUUCAGUUCUUGUUUUAUUGUUCCCAAAAAAAAGCCUUGAGAUGCCUUCAUACUGCAGAUGUAUUAGCUUUAACUUAGCACUUUGUUUCCCUGUUAUUAGUCCGGUCAGUAAACAUAACACGCCUUUAGCCAGAAGCUAGUUAGCUUAGCUUAGUAUACAGACUGGAAACGUUGGUCAAGAGCUAGCCUGCCUGUCUCGGCUUUAUUCAUUUAUUAAGCAGGAGAGACUCCAGGAAGUCGGUGCAAUUGGUCAAGAAGUAGUCCAGCGUCCAUCCUAUGUACAUAGGCUGUUGUCCUUGAAGUGUGCUGCUUGGGUUCGAAUCCAAUUAAAAUUGUUUUUCAUUUUUAUCAGCGCCAUGUGAUUUUAUUUUCUGAUUGGAUCCAUGGGGGUCCCAGCUUUUCUUAGAUACAUGUAAGGGGGGGCUUCCACUGCUUUACGGGAUCUAAAAAAUGGACGACUUCAACGCUGGUUUAUGUGUGUAAACUUGUAGAAAGGUUUGCUCUCUGGGAUUAUCCUGCACUGUGCUUCGGCUUUAAACACAAGUAUCCUCCUGUUGCUGACUGUAAUAAACUCAAGAUGCCAAAAAAAAACUGCAGUGACUGGAAAAAAAAAGUUCAGACUCUGUUUCAGUGGAACUGGUUCAAAAUCCACCCUUGUUCUGUGAAUGUUUUUUUUUUUUGAUCAUGACUGGGAGUAUAGAUGAUAUUGUUUUUGUGGAAGAUACAGACUGAAUGUAUUCUAAACUUGUUUCUUCAUAUCAAAGAGCAAUACUGUGUGCACUGCAUUAUGGGUCAGUAUUAUCAAUAAAACUGCAUUUCUGA